UUGUCAUUCACCAGCGGGGGAAGAUUUCAGUGUCCCAGAAAAAGUUCAUAUAAAAAGGAAGCCAGGAGAACAGGAACAUUGCAGCAUUCAUCCCAACCAAAGGAAGCUUGGCAUCUCUUGGGCUUCACUUCCCAACAGAGUGGAGAUGACCCCCAAACUUCUAGCUGCUGUUGUUCUGCUGAGUCUGGGUUUGGAAGGCUGUUCCAGCCAGCACUGGUCCUAUGGGUUGCGCCCUGGAGGAAAGAGAAGCGCGGAACACUUGGUCGAUUCUUUCCAAGAGAUGGGCAAAGAGGUGGAUCAACCGGCAGAACCCCAGCACUUCGAGUGCACUGUCCACUGGCCCCGCUCGCCCCUCAGGGACCUGCGAGGAGCUCUGGAAAGUCUGAUCGAAGAGGAAACCAGGCAGAAGAAGAUGUAAGUUCACUGGUCCCGAAGGAUCCACAACACCCAAGUAUGACGUGGACAUUUUAAAAUGUGACCUGUUAUAGAUCUGUACUUGUGUGUUUCAGCAUUUCUAUGCCCAGCGGCAUGGAUUUCAUAAUAAAGCAAUGUGUUGUGGAUCAAGUACUGUAAAUGUGACAUGCCUUUGACUCCAAGCUCAGAAUGCAGCUUUAAAAUUUUUUUUUAUUCUUUUGUGUCUUUCACAUCAUGCAUUUCCAUCCCGUUCAUUUCCUGUUCCUUCCAUUCUGCCCUCUACCCUUCCCCCCC